AUUAUGUUAACUUAUGCCUAUAAUCAUGAAACAUUUAACAAUCAUGAGGAAUUGUCUUUAGUCAAUGUAAAUUUGAUCUAAAUAUUUUAGCAUCAAUUAAUUCUAUAAGCAAUUUCUGAUAUGCCAUUAUAAUUGUAAUAGAAGGAAAAAACUCUUUAAAUGGAGAAUACAAAAUUAAAAAACGAAAAUAUCGAGCUAUAAUCAUAAGUAAAUAAAUUAGAAAACAAACACCAGGAAUUGAUUAAUGAAGUAAAAUAAUAAUAUAUCUUAAGAUUUAAGAUCUGAGAUAGUUAGUGAAAAGAGUAUAUUAGGAAGGGGAAGUAUAGAUUUAGUAUUAAAAGUAAAAAAAUGUAAAAUUUAAUAUAAUUCUAAGAAAAAAUUAGAGUACAAUAAUGAAAGUUUAACAAAGGCUUUGGUGAAUUUGUAAAAUAAUUUAGAUACUUUUGCUUAAUUAAAAAAUUUAUCCAGUUUUCUUAAUGACAAUAAUGAAAUUUAAGAGGAGAUUUGA